CCCCAUUUUCAAUCUAUUUAAACAUUUUUGUUUUUCUCUCACAAGAGAAAGAAUCAAAGAAAAAUCAAGAAUGUUGGCUAUAUUCAAGAACGGUUUGGUGAAUCCACCAAAAGAAUUGCACAGCCCAGCUUCAAUCCAGCUGGCUUCCGACAGGUUCAAAACUUGUGAGGAAACUCUCAAGGAAUUCUUGUCUGCAAAUCCAAACAAUGGCUUCUCUCUUGGAUUUGUUGACAAGGCUAUCUUGGCCUACGCCCCACCCACCUCUCAACCUAGGUUGUUCUGUGGUGUGGAUGACGUGUACUGCACAUUCUUGGGAAAUUUGAACAACCUGUGCAACCUCAACAAACAAUAUGGGCUGUCAAAGGGUGGGAAUGAGGCCAUGUUUGUGAUCGAAGCUUACCGGACACUUCGUGACCGGAGCCCGAUUCCGGCCCAUCAAGUGCUUAAAGAGCUCGACGGAGCUUUCGGGUUUGUGAUCUAUGAUCACAAGUAUGGGAUUGUCUUUGCUGCCCUUGGUGCUGAUAAAUCGGUGAAUUUGUUCUGGGGAGUGGCGGCAGAUGGCUCUGUUAUGAUAUCUGACAAUGUUGCCCUUGUUAAAGCAAGCUGUAGGAAAUCAUUUGCUCCAUUCCCACCUGGUUGUAUGUACCACAGUGAUAGAGGAUUAAUAAGCUUUGAGCAUCCAAUGCAUAAGAUGAAAGCAAUGCCAAGAAUUGAUAGUGAAGGGACAAUGUGUGGAGCAUAUUUUGCAGUUGAUGCUUAUUCUAAGACCAACAGCAUGCCUCGUGUCGGAAGUGCUGCUAACUGGGCAACUUGGGGAUGAAAUGCCGGCCUUCUUAGUGUCGUAACCGUUAACGAUCUUAUAAUUCGUUUUUCUGAUUUUCUUUUCUUUUUUUCUUUAAAUAAUUUGCUGAUAUGCCUCUGGUUGAUGAUUUGUUAUUGGCAUUGUUUUGGUUCGUUAGAUGUCGCCCCUCGGCUUGUAAAUUUUGAUAUUCGAGGGGGUUUGGAUUUUUUUUGUUUUUUUUUUUUGAAAUGGUUAGUUUCGAGGGUUCUUGUAAAUGUAACUGCAGUAUUACUGUGGCUACAUGUGAAUAUCAACUAAUCAGAAAUAUCUCCUUUGUAUUAGCAUUCAAGAUUUCUUUUUUACUUUGGG